AUGUCUUCGUCGCCGUCUGAAAAGUGCGACGAAAAUCGCGAAGUUGCCGCCGACGAAAGAAAGUCGAUCCUGCCUCCGGACGAAAAGGCGUCGCAGUCGUUCCUGAAUCUCUCGGAGAAUUCAACGAGGUUCCGGCCGGACGAGUGCGCUGGAAAUCCCGGCGGCGGCGCUGCCCGAAUAGAUCCGGAAGGCAGAGCCGGAGGUGACGGUGCAGCCGCCACAAUGGCAACGUCCAAGUUGUCGGCUGUCGUUGACGAUCGAAAAUCGUAG